UGACUUAUCCUCGUCCGGUCAGCAGUACGGGUCCGACUUGGACACGCUAGACGUAACGAACAUGUACCCGCAAAACUUAUUGACGAUUCCGGCGCACCAUCAUUUUGAAAGGCAAAUUUCCGAACCGACCAUUCCAACAUCGCCGGCCGUAUCGUCUCCACCGGAAGCGCGAUCAGCACCCGCGGAUCGUUCACACGGCGAACAUCAUCUCACCGUAUCUCAGCAGCCAUAUCUUGCAAGAACAUGUGAAACAACACUCCCACCCAUUGUUGCCAAGGCGUUUCAGGCUAUUUCGUCAUACCCACCACACAAAGCUCAACUCCGUUGACCCUGGUCACCAGUAGUAGUGGGUCCACCCACUAUCUAACGCCGUCCUCCUCUCUGAAAACCGAUUCGGACGAUGAACCGUCGACACCCGUACCCCCAAUUCCACAAAUCCGACAAAUCCACCUGAAAACCGAUCGCACAUCGAGUCCAACAGUUGUUCUCGUUUCCGAUAUGGAAUCGCUCCAACAGCAGCACCAGCACCAUUUAUCGGGAAGUGCGGUUGCCAGUACAAGCACCUAUCACAACGAUCACCACGACCAGCACCACCAGCUCUACCGCCGCAGCGCUACUUGCCGACCUGAGUUCAUCAACGCCGAGUUCAAUUCGCAUAAAGGCGACGAAUUGUCGCAGUCUGCUUCAUCUCCUUUGAUGAGCAGCCGAUCGAAGGAAAUACACGGCCUGGACAGCCAACGGUCUAGCCACUGUCCGGUGGUACGGGAGGGUCCCGCGCUGGGUUGCAAUUUCUGCUGGAACACAAGGAGGAUACUGCGACGGAAAACCAAGUACCACUGUCCCGAGUGCCAUACGAACUUGUGCAUUGCGCCUUGCUUCCAGGAGUAUCACGAACGACAAUCGGCGGAGAACCCUGCCCCCACCAGCAACGACAGCGGAAGCGCCUGUGUGUAUGGUGUAGGUGGAUUGUACGUAAAAGUGGAUCUCCGAUUUGUUGAGCACCUUUACUUUUGCGGAAUUGUGUCAUUCUCUUUGUUGUUUUUGAUGGGCCUAAUUCAAUCAAGCGCACAACAUGAAAAAAACGAAUCUACAGUAAAAGCCAAAAGCACCGUUAUACGUCAUGAACCCGGAUACCUGCAUUGCGGUGGAUUCAGCUUUUGCGCCCUCUAAAAGUGUCCCGUAAAGAAAACUAAUACGGCCUCCACUGUGCUAAGUUUGUCCACAAGAACAGACAGAACUUGUCGUUCUCGAAAACGGACGUUAAAAUCAUCUAAUGGAAAAAUCACGACGAAAACUCCGGUACGCAAAAUCUCCGAUUGUUAAGUCGAAUUACUUGGGAGAAUCCGAAACAACUGAUAGUGGAGCUUAAUGCGGAAUUGAGAACGCUCCUGUUGCACUCCCCUGGAUAUCAGCAUCUCCGCCGUUUGUAUUUGUACUACAAACUGCUCCUACGAGAGUGAAUAACAUUCAUCAUACAGCAUCAUACAUAGGAAGAGCAGCAUCAUACAUGGGGGGGCCUCUGGGGGGCCUCUGUUAAUACGGAAUCGUUCCUGCCUGGCCAUCUCAACUGGCAUGCAACGACAGAACUGAAGAACAUUGUACGCCACAAGUGCAUAUAAUACUGAACAAUCUGGAGUUUUCAGAAAGCCAAACUGACCCAUCACAUAAGCACAGUAAAAUCAGUCAAAUCGACUAGACUGACUGGGCCUGUCCUGCUAAACUGUGAUUUGUGUGACUUAAUAGAUGCCAUGUUUAACUAGGUCCACAAACUGCUGGGUUUUGCUCUCCGUUCCGGUGAGAUGUGUGCGGUAACCGCUUCUUAAAGGAAUAAUUGUUGAAGGCUUCAACUCGAAACAGCACAUAUAAUGUAAACCAGCGCUGAAGGAGGAGACGUACGCCUGCAAGGAAUGCGAUCGUUCCUUCGGUACGUGCCAUUACUAAAAUGUUCGAGAAACCCAUACACGGUCUAAGUGCCAGCUGGAUUUGCGACAUCUCCGCCAAAGUAUUCACACUGGAGAUCCACUGAUACCAGUACAUCCAGGAGGGGAUGGCGGCGCUGAAUUGCCAGUGUAAGUCCUGGUGGAUAAAGAACGCAGUCAUUCGAAGCGGUGCAGAUCCAAGCCGUUUACGUGAGAAAUUUGCGACAUCAUCACAAAACGACUACUCCGAUCCCGAUGUGCACAGACGAGCGCACACAAUGUAGUUGACAUCACUAAACUUACGUAAUUCACAAAGUCAAGUUACUUCCGGAACUACUGUAGACCAUAGUGUCCAAGACAGCUCUUGUGAACGACAGCGAGAAUUCAAAGACAGCAUCGAGCUGUAAGCAAUUAUUCAAUACGACAGCUCGUCACAGUUGCUUUCGAUGUCAAGGGAAUCGGGCAAUGAAUUUGUUCUAGAUUACCACGAAGUCACUCUUGCCAACAUCAGUUUGGAAUAUUUAUUGGUGACUGGAUGUCAUUUUAUAUGUUACACGAG